GAAAGCAGAGAGAGAAGGCUGGGGCUCUGGGUUUGGGGGCGGAGAACAGAAGGAGCUUUGGGACAAUGGUGGAAAGUAGGAUUGUGAGUUUUUCUGGAUGAACACAUGAAGAAAAAGAGGAAAGAAGAUGGGUGGAUCAAAGAGGCAUGACAAAGAUUGAAGUAGGAUGUGGUGGAGCAACAGAAGAUCGGAUUCGUCUCAGCUGUUGUGGACGCAAACAGGAAGAGAGGAAAGUGGAGGUGUACAGAAGACUUGCCUGAACAAGAGGCAGAAAAAGAAAAACUACUAACUGAGGAGACGUGAGAGAAACACUGAGUCAAACCAGACAGACAAAACAGACAGGAAGAGCUAGAGGAGGAGGAGGAGGAGGAGGAGGGAGUGAGGUAAAAGGAAACACACGAAAGCAGAGAGGCAAAAGAUUAACACUCUUGAGAGAGAGUGUGUGAGAUUGAGCCGAAGAGGGGGGAGGAAAUCUGAAAACAGAGGGAGGGUGACAGAGAGCAGAGAGUGUUGAGCAAGGUGAAGUCAGACAGCAGAGAGACAGAAGGUGAGGGGGCUAGCGCAUGAAGUUAGCAGGAGGGGAGAGGUAUGAGGGGACAGCUCUUGAAGUCACUCUUCUCUGUGGUGAUCACUCUCUUCUUUGUGGGGAGCCUGCUGACCACUCUCGUCUGGUACAUGGUCGACAACAAUAAUGUUGAACCUCAGAGGCCGCCUCCUCAAAAGAAAAGUGCCCCUCAGCCCUCUGACCCUUGUAAUGGCUGCAGGGAGGUCAUCGGCAAAGUAUUAGAGCGUUACUCUAAACCCUGGAAGAAGCAGGAGGACAAUAACCAAAAAUUCAGAUCUCAGCUGAACAACAAGUGCCAUGGUUCUGCCAAGGGCAUCAUUACCCAGACCAACACUCCAGUGGGAUCCAAGCUCGUGUACGACGGAGAAAAGAAAAGGACCCUCCAGGUGACCCCGGAGAUUUUCAGCACCUUUGCAAAGGAGCAUCCGUUCUCAAAUAAAACAUGGGACACGUGUGCUGUUGUUGGGAACGGAGGGAUCCUGACCAACAGCAGCUGUGGAAAGAUGAUCGAUUCAGCUCAGUUUGUUAUCAGGUGCAACCUACCUCCUUUGGGAAACGGCUACGAGAAACACGUGGGCAUCAAGACUGACCUUGUGACAGCAAACCCAAGUAUCUUCGUAGAGAAGUUUGGGGCUCUGAUGGGGCGUCGCCGUCCCUUUGUGGAGAGUCUGCGCACCUACGGCAACUCCCUGCUGCUCCUUCCCGCCUUCUCCUACGGCCACAACACUCCUGUGUGCAUGCGGGCCGUCUACAGCAUUGAGGACUUUGAAAGCCCCACCCGGCCCAUCUUCUUCAACCCUGAAUACCUCCAGAAUCUGGCGCUCUUCUGGCGCUCCCAAGGCCUACGAGCAGUGCGGCUCAGCACCGGCAUAAUCAUGGCUAGCCUGGCUCUGGAACACUGUGCCAAUGUGCAUCUGUACGGGUUCUGGCCGUUCAGUAAUCACCCACAUGGACUCCAUGCUCUGACUAACCACUACUACGAUAACAGACAAACUAAAACGAAAUUCCACGCCAUGCCGGCUGAGUUUGACCUCUUGUUGCGACUGCACAGUCAGGGGGCGCUCAGGCUUCACCUGGGAGAUUGUCAAGCUGGUGGAAAGUAGCUCUCAGAGCCAGGGACAGCUGACAGGACAGGAGCAAAGUGCCUUGUUUGUAGCCCAGUCUUUCAUUUACUUUUGAAUGAAUUGACAGAUCUCUUUUGGCUGAUGACACGGAUUACGUGUGUCCGAGCAGAAUGGAUUUACAGUAAAUGCUGAGUUGGCUCAUCAGCAGCCAAGACAUUUGUACUGAAAUGAAGAUGCAACAAUCACAAGACUGUAAACAUUAUAGUUUUAUAGUGUAUCUAAAACUGUAUUUAUUUCCACAAAUGUUCCAGCUGGAGUCUGGAGGGAGUUGCUUUGAUUUAAAUGGGAAUCCUUUGUGAGGCCUUUGUGGGGGUCGACACUGUAGUGCCUUACGUCAGAUCAAACUGAAUGUAUUUUGAAGAAAAUCAAAUACCUCCUUUACAUGAAGAUUGCCUGGCUAUUAACAUUUAAUGAAAACAGCCAGACACUGAAUGUAAAGAAUCUUUUGACAUUUAACCACUUUUAAAAGAUAUUCUGGGAACUCUUGAGGGGAAAUGUACGGUACUCACACACUUUAAAUCACACAAAGGCUGGUGCUGGUGGUGGAAGAUGAUUUCUGCACUCUUGUCCUCACUCACUGACACUGCUGGAUGUGAUACAGACAUGAGGUAAACCUCAGAUAUCAGAGGGCCAACUACAAACCAUCAUGGCUGCCCUCUGUGGUCAUCAGAGGGUCCUAUUAAGUGAGGCUCGGAGCCAAGGAUUACAUCACAGACACCACAGACAGAAACACUACUAAACAUGGGAGGUCCCUCCUCACAAAGGUUGCUAUGGUGAUCCUGUGCUACAAUGUGCUAUCCCUCGGCACCACAGUGACCAGACGAGGACAUAUACUGUCACAAAGUGGCAACAUUCACAUAUUGGUACAAUAUUAGGGUGGAAGCGAGUACUUUUUAAGUUGAUGUAAAUACUAAAUCAAUAACUGACUCCAUUGUACGGUGAUAUAAUGAUGCGCUUUGGGUGAUAACCUUCGGGUAAGAACAUUUGCAUCAAGACUUGGGUGGCUCUUGUGUAACUGGGAUUACCGCCUUUCAUGCUGAUACUUAUAGUCUUAACAGUAAUUUUUGUCAACCAGAACAAUAACGUACAUGCUGUAGAUGACCAAACUUGAGAACUCUUGGCGAGCCAGUUUUUAGAAUCAUGUGAUUUUGUUUUUUUUCGUGAACAACACAAGGUGCGAGGGAAAAUUAACUUAAAGAGAAUCAGUGAAUAAAUAUUUAUCACAAAAAAAUGUUGUAUAUAAUAAGUGGCUGGAGUGGAAUUCACUUGUCUAACCAGGCAACAAACGUUUUUUCUCAGACGUCUACAUGAUUUAGUGUCUUUGAGCCACUAAGUGCUAAAAACCUGCCAAGAUUUGUAGUUAGAAUGCAGUAUUUCUACUUACGAACCACACACCAUAUGAUCCACUGAUUUUGUGCCAACAACACAACAUUAAACUUAAAAAUAAAACAUUAUUAAAUAUGUGAAAAUGUUAACCUAAAAAAUAAAAUAGAAAAAAAAAAGAAAAAAAAAUGAAAUAAAAAAUAACUUCAACUGGAAUUUAAAAACGCGUUUUGCUGCUCUCUGGCACAAAAGACAAGAACUGCAGUUAUUUCAUGAUGGUUACAGCUGUCAGUUGUGCCAGCAACACAACAUUAAACUUAAAAAUUAAACAUUAUUAAAAAUGUUAAAAUAAAAAAAAAAAAAAUAUGGAAAAUAAAUAAAAAAUUAAACAAAAUUAAAAGAAAAAUGGGAAAUAGAUAAAAAAAAAAAAAUGGAAAUAAAAAAUAACUUCAACUGGAAUUUAAAAACGCGUUUUGCUGCUCUCUGGCACAAAAGACAGGAACUGCAGUUAUUUCAUGAUGGUUACGGCUGUCAGUUGUGCCUACAACACAACAUUAAACUUAAAAAUAAAACAUUAUAAAAAAUGUGAAAAUGUUAAAAUAAAAAAUAAAAAAUAAAAAAUAAAAAAAUAAAAAUGGCACAGAAAUGGCACAAAAAUGGCAUAGAAAAAAAAUUAAAAAAAUAAAAUUAAAAAAAUAAUUCAAAAUUAAAAAAAAUAAAAAUAAAAAUGGAAAUUAGAAAAAAAAAAAUGAAAUAAAAAAUAACUUCAACUGGAAUUUAAAAACGCGUUUUGCUGCUCUCUGGCACAAAAGACAGGAACUGCAGUUAUUUCAUGAUGGUUACGGCUGUCAGUUGUGCCUACAACACAACAUUAAACUUAAAAGUUAAAAAU